GCAAAAUUUACUUUAUCGUAAAUAUUACUUUGCUGAUGAUAUGGGAAGUAAAAAGAAUAAUAAUAAUAAUAAUAAUGCUGCUGCUAAGAGAAGUAAACGAAACUAUGAUCGAACGACUUUUACACUUGUCGUCAUGCUUUCCGUCUUUUUGGUAACGGAAUUACCACAAGGUGUAUUAGCGAUGCUAAACGCCUUGCAUACCAAUGAUGUGCAUACUAUUUUGUACAGAAAUUUAGCAAAUUUGCUAGAUUUAUUAUCCCUGAUUAAUUGUUACGUAACGGAAUUACCACAAGGUGUAUUAGCGAUGCUAAACGCCUUGCAUACCAAUGAUGUGCAUACUAUUUUGAAAAAAAAUUGUGCAUCAGAAAAUACGUUUUAA